AAAUAACUGUCAAAAAUGCCAAUGGCACAAUAUGCGCCAAUGAGUUUAGCUAUGUGGACGGUGAUAUUGCUUGCAAAUCUAUAAAUCUAAGGUAUCGUGCUGCUGCUGUCUACAAUGGCUCGUUUUUCGGACCUGGUACAGGACCCAUUUAUAUCGAUCAGCUGGAUUGUACAUCUGAUCGUGCCAACAUUCAGGAUUGCCUGUACAGGACAACAGGUGUUUGUAAUCACUCCAACGAUGUUUCAUUGGUUUGCAACGAAUGUGGCAAACUUGUCACCAACUUGGAUGACAAGAUGUUUCUAUUCAAUGACUCGAACAUAGUAAUGUACGGCGAUUGCUCUUUCUACAAGUCCUACUUUGGUCAGCUGCGCGCGAUCUGCGAAAACGGCACGUGGAAAACCAUUGGAAACUGCAUCGAGUACAGUAAACCCCUGGAGGUGCAAGGUGUUCGUCUUGUGAAUGGAAGCAACCAAGCCGAGGGGCGGGUCGAGAUAAAAGUGUUUGACACCUGGGGCACCGUAUGUAGUGAUGACUUUGGGAUGAAAGAAGCGGAGGUGAUUUGCAGAAUGAUGGGAUACUUGCAUGCCAAGUCCUUUGCUGUCAAAGGAAGUUAUGGAAUAGGAACCGGUCCCAUUUUCAUCGACGAUCUCAACUGUGGAGACGAUGCCUCUCAUAUCAACGAAUGUGAAUACACCACGUACCAUAACUGUUCUCACGAGCAUGAUGUGUCUGUGAUUUGCACUGAUUGUGACAACGUUGAAAUACAUGAAGGGCGCAUACUGACUUAUCCAGUCAUGACAACAGUCAAUGCCUCUUUAACGUUUUCUUGCAAUGAAGGAUUUGCAUUGAGUGGGGCAGAUACUAUUACCUGCGAACAUUCAGGAAAAUGGAGCAGUUCACCACCUGAGUGUACGAAGAAAUAUCAUCAGCUCGCAGUGCGGAUGCUGGUAAAUUCUUAA